GGUCCUUUGAAAGCCGGUGUUUCAGGAUAGUGGCUGUUAAAGAGCAGUUUCCUGGGCUGGCAUAACUAAAAAAAGUCAAUUUUCACAGCUGCUAACAACUCUUUUUUACUUUGUGGGUUGGUCUUUUUCCAUCAUAAUCAUCUUCUUUUUGGGUGGUCACAGGCACCAUUUCAGCCUUUCAGGCUCUUUCAAUACCCUUCACAUGAUCAUUAAAUCUCCUUUCCUUACUCCUUUUUCUUUUCUUUAACCUUUGUAUGAUCAUUUGCUCUUGUAGAUUAAAACUUUAGUGGGCAGUUCUUACUUUUACUUCACAUAUUUCAUCUGAAUGUUGAAUUCACAUUCAACUUCAUGUACAUCAGAAACAACAAAAAAAAAAAAGCAUUUCAUUUCGCAUUUGAAGGAUUUUAAAUAAGAUCUCACCCGUUAAUUUGUUUUGGUUCAUGUAGCUAACGUUAUUGCAUUUGGAUUAAGGCUCGGACAUUAUUAUUGAUUGUUCACUAUUACAAAUGGGUUGUAGGAACUCCAAAGCUGCAAUAAUGACAUUACCUGCUUCUGAAAAGUUAUCUGUUCUUGCUGCUGAUACUGCUUUUUCUGAGGAUGAAGUGAAGCUUCUUUUAGACUUAUUCAAUAAACUUAGCAAUUCAGUUGUGAAAGAUGGUUUUAUUCACAAGGAGGAACUUCAGCUUGCCUUAUUCAAAAGUAUUACAAUGAAAAGCCUAUUUCUUGACAGAAUGUUUGAUCUCUUCGACAUCAAUCACAAUGGCAACAUUGAGUUUUCAGAAUUUGUUCGAUCAUUGAGUGUCUUCCACCCAAAAACUCCAAAAACCGAUAAGAUAAAAUAUGCAUUUCGGUUGUAUGAUCUAAGGGGAACUGGCUAUAUUGAACGCGAAGAAUUAAAGGAAAUGGUAUUAGCCCUUCUUCAAGAAUCUGAACUUUACCUCUCAAAUGAUGUAGUUGAGGCCAUUGUAGACAAGACAUUCAAGGAAACCGAUUUAAAAGGAGAUGGUAAAAUCGACAUGGAGGAAUGGGAAGAAUAUGUGGGUAACAAUCCCAAACUUUUAAAGAACAUGACCCUUCCUUAUCUAAUGGACAUAAAUCUUGCUUUUCCGAGCUUUGAGGUGAUCAAGGAAGCCGAAUGCUUGCAAAGAAAAUAAAAACACGGUUUUGAUAGCCGUUGCAGUUGCAGUUAUUGAACAUUUUUUGUGGUUAAUGCGGUUGGUUUUGCAAUCGUCACGGCGGUUGCUCCAACGGCAAUAUGCUCAAAGAAUUCUACCAAGUCUUUUUCGAAUAUAUAUACAAAAACCACUAAUUGUGCUUUUUUGUGAAUGGACUGAAUCUUUGUCAUAAAAGGCAUGAGCAAGGCAUGAGUAAUGGCUUUAAGGCCGGAAAAUAUAGGUUCAGGCUUGUUUAGGUUAUAGUCUGAGUUAUUUAAUUAAAUGUUUUAUUAAUAUUGAAUUAUGCAAUAUAUAAUUUAAUUAAUGACAAUCGAGUUGGUUUUUAACAUAUAUAAAGAUGAUUGUUCGAU